AUGGAUUUACUUCUUAAAUACUCUCCUGAUAAACAAAUUGAAAAUUAUGCAUUUUCAUUAAGUGCAUGUAUCGGUAAAGGAUCUUCUGGUACCGUUUAUGUUGGGAGACAUUAGUAAACUUAGCAAGUAGUAGCAAUUAAAGCAGUUGAUAUGCGCUCUUUGAAAACCGAGUACGCUUGGAAAAUGCUUUGUUCUGAAGUCAAGAUUAUGAAGAAGCUAAAGCAUCCACAUGUCGUGCGUCUUCUGGAUGUCUUUUAAACAAAAAAUAAUACAUAUAUCAUUACAGAAUUUUGUAAUUAAGGAGAUUUGCGUACUUACUUAAAGAAGAAAAAAUCUUUAACUGAGAGAGAAGCGAUCACUGUAAUUUCAUAGAUAAUGAGCGGUUUGUAGGAGCUUGCAAACAAUGGAAUAAUUCACCGUGAUUUAAAGCCUGCAAAUAUUUUGAUUCACGAUGACGUAUUUAAAAUUACAGAUUUCGGAUUUGCUAAAAAAUUAGAUAGCAUGGAAGAUCAGCUUAUGGAUUCUUUAGUAGGAACUCCACUUUAUAUGGCACCUUAGAUUUUAAAUAAAUAGUAAUACACUUCAAAAUGCGAUGUUUGGAGUAUUGGUCUUAUUUUAUAUGAAUUAUUAUUUGGUCGCACACCUUGGCCAGCAGUAAAUGUUGUUGAUCUAGUCUAAAAAAUGUGCACGGUUCCUCUCUAAUUCCCCAAAGACCAAUCAAUUUCUUAAGCUUUAGUCAAUUUUAUUAGCAAGUGUUUGCAAUUCCCUGAAUCAGAUAGAAUAAGUAUUCAGGAAAUGUGUGCAAAUUCCUUAUUCGAAGAUUACGUAUAGCAAAUUAAUAGAUUAUUGAGUUAGCAAAAACUAUAAAAUCAUCCAUCAGGAAGUUCAACUAAUACCAAUUCAUAAAAUAACUUAUCUGAUUUUUCAAGUGUGGCCACAUAAGCAUAAAAAAAUGUAUAAAAUAAUAGCAGCGCAAAUGAUACUUAAACACCUGGAGCAGCUUAUAAUCGCAAUUAAAAGUAACCACAAAUAGGAUAUUAGUAGGGAUAGACUAAUUAAAUAAAUGUUCAAUAAGAAAAAGUAAAUUAAUAUUAAAAUUAACCAAGCGCAACAAAUUUAGGUGUCACCCCAAGCUCAGGUAUGAAUAUGCAAAUAAAUUUGAACACUUAACCUUAGUCAUCUUAAUAGAGCAGUUCGAUGUCUCCAGUGAGAGCUCCAGCAUUGUAAUAACAGUCAGGAUCAGGCAGAACCACAGAAAGGAAUGUUUAGAUUCAAGAAUAAAAUGGUGGAUGUUCCCCCUUAAAGCAGCUUAGCAAUUAAAACGAACCUUAUUCUCCUAUAUCUCCUAUUCGCACAAAUUACUAAAAGUAGCAAAGUGCAUCUUCUUACAACUCCUAAAUAAAGAGCAUGAAUUCGAUUUAGGAUUAACUUGCUUAGGCUAAUGGUAUUAAUUCUUCAUAAAAAAACAUGUCUACAAGUAAGCAAAAUAUUUAACAAUAUCCAAAUCAACCUAAAAACUAUCCUAGCUCUUUCCAUAACUUGAACGCCUUUCCACAAUAAGAAAAAAAUAUUCAAUCUUCUGAAGGAAACGAAAAUCAAAAUGUAAAGUAACCUGCAUUGGUAAAUAACUUUGUUAAAUAAUCAAAAGAUUAAUCCCCUACAAAAACUGGAUUAUAUAAUGAUAAUAACUUCUAUUAAGUAUUAAAUAACGUUUCUAAUUACGACAAAGGUUUAGUUGUUGAAUAGCAGUAGUAACAAAAUCAGCUUAAAUCAUUUAACGAUGAGUAGAAAAACUAACCUUUUGGAUACUCUUCAAACCAGUAAAAAUAAAACUUUUAAGGACUCCCACCUCAAAGUUAAGCUUCCUAGAAUAGUUAAUUCGGAGUACAAAGAUAAUACACAAAUGAAACAGCAAGUAGCCCUUAGUCUUCCUCUCCCACUAUCGUUUAAUUAUAAUCAGCAUAUUCUCAGUAAGGUUAAAAUAUUCCAGCCUUGCAAAUUUAAUAGAAACCAGAGCUUAAAGCAGAAGUUAUGUUUAAUAAUAUAAAUAAUGGCUAAGUAUCGCCUUACAGAUAGCAAGAUGGUGCUGACAGAAAAUUUUAAGAACGAGGAUUAUUUUUACAGUAGGUGUAAGAUUAAUCUCCUGUUGCAACUAACCUUAAUAUUGAAAGUAAAAAUAGUGGACUGUACUUAUAGUAGCAGGUAUCACAGCCUUAUCAAAAUAACACUAGUAUUAGUAAUAAGUAAUAGGAUAAUUAAGGAGUUAACUUAGAUUCAAUGAAUACAAACACAUAUAAUAAUUAAGGGAAGUUUGAUGAAUCACGCUUUAACUAAGUGUAGCUUAAAUAGUACUCUCUUUCUCAUUAAUAUUCACUCAGCAGGUAAAACCAACCAGAUUAAAAUAAUUAAGCAGCAACUCCUAAUAGAAACAUAUCUCCUUAGAGUAAAAACUAAAGUGUAUACACAAGCGAAAAGAAUUCAAGUAGUGAAUAAAGUCCUACCUCUUCUGUAAAUCAAUAAGCUGGGUAAUACAUUCUCUAACAGCCUUAAACUUAAUUUGUAUAAAACCGCUAUUCUCAAAAUAAUAAUUCAAAUUCAGCAAGUGGGUAUUCCACAGUGAUAAAAAGCGGAGACAAUUCUUCUAACCAAGAUCAAGUAAAUAGCAGAUAAAAUAGUCCAUCGAACUAUAAUCCAUCUAAUAAUUAUUAACAGCAAUAAUAAUAGUAAAAUGUUUCUUUACAAAAUCAAUAAAUUUAACAACUGCAAGCAAAUUAAUAACAAAUUUAAAAGCAAAGAAGUGGUGGAGAUUCUCCAGAUAUUCGUUAUAAAGCCUACUCAUUUACCGCUUCUAAUGGAUUGAUAAUGAAUAAGAGUGGAGGUCUCAAUAACACAAAUAUAUCCACAAGAUCUAUCACAGCUACAAAUAAUUCGAAUUCUUCACCUAAAAAUAAUGAUUCAGAAGGUAAAAUUUCAUACAACUCUAACGGCUACCAUUCUCAAUAGUAACAAUAGUAGUAGUAAUAACAAAUAAAUAACUCCAAAAACACAUCAAGCAAUCAUGUAAUUUUUGGAAAUCUCGAUUAAUAAGAGAUUGGAGACUAUAAAAACUAGAGACAAGCUCAGUAAAAUAGCGGCUAAAAAAAGGACUAUGAGUCUGUAAUCUAAAUUCCAUAUGAAUCUAAUGGGAAUAAUCUAAAUCACUAAAAUAUUCCAUUUAACUACAAGAGGUCAAUGACUCAAAACAAUGAACAUUAAGAUUAUGAAUUAGACAAUUACAAAAACACAUAUACCCCUAAAAACAACAGUGGUGCACAUUCCUACGCCAACUUAUAAAAGAUGUAAGGCAUAUCUUAGAAUGAAUUCAGAAACAGCAGUCCCAAUUCAGUAGCACAGUUAAUUGCUAAGAAAAAUAGUGAAUAAAAUUAACUGCCUAGAUCCCCUCUAGAGAGAAGAAGAAAAAGUGAAUUUGGAAUUGGGUUAUCAAAUAAAAAUUAAAUUUAUCAGAAGGAAAUAAAGAAUACUCCUUUCUAAUAGUUUUCUUAAGCUUAAUUACCAAACAACUCUCGCAAUCAAAUAACAUUUUACACAUCAAAUACACAACAAGUUAAAAACCAAUUUUUACAAAGUGAAGAAAACUAUGGAAAAAAUAAUAUCUUGAAUUAAGCAGGCAAUGUCUAAAACCCAGCAAUCGUUUAGAAUUAGUACAGCAGAAGCAGAAGCUUACACAAUAAUGCUGCAAGUAAAUAUAGUAACACUCACAAUAUUUCUCCAGCUAACACAGGAAUUAGUCCUAAAAAUUCAAAUAAUUCAUUAUCUGAUAUCAAAAAAAAGCAGAUCAAUACUCAAGAUUAUUCCAAAAUUCCCUCAUAAUUUUUCGGAAAUAGUACUUCCCCAAAAGCUCAAACAAAGUAUUAAGCAUAUCUGCAAAAUACCUUGUAAGUUAAGAAUUAAUAAUAAGGUGUUAAUUAGCCUACUAAUUUAAUAGUCUAAAAACAUAUAUAACAAUCAGGGAAUGAACCUCAGUAAAUGAAUGAGAUUUAAGGCAAUUAGCAAUUUAAGGAAAUACAAAGAGAACCAUCAUAGUAGCUUACUGCUGAUAACUCACCAAACAAGUAUGCAAAAUAUGCUUUGAAAAAUUAUUUAUUGUCUUAAAAUAACCAAGGUUCUAGUGCUGUAAAUUAUAACAACUCCAAUAUUUAAAAUUAAAAUAAUACUUCUUCUUAAAUGAACAGUAGUGGAAAUAAGAAUACUUAAAAUUUAAAUAUUAAUAGCAAGACUUAAAAUAGUCUAGAUAAUUUAGGAUCUAAUUAACCACAACAACAAUAGUAAAUAUUGAGAAAUCAAAAUUAGUAUAGUUAAAUAAAUCCUCACCAUCAUGGACACAGUAAAUCGUUUUCAAAUAACUUUAAUUAACCAAUAGUGUCUCUUAAUUCUUAGUAAGAAAUCACAUAAAUUGAAAAUACAAGCAAUAAUAACAUGAAUAGUAAUAGUACUUAAAAUGAGUUCUAUGCUUAGGACAAUAUGAUAGAAAGUAUACUUUGUAUAUGUAAGAGCGUUAGAUUCUUGAAAAAUUAAAUAGAUUACAACAUCAAGAGCAUUCUUAAGCUAGAUGAACCAUUUUUAUAUGAAAAGUUAAUAUUCUUGUUGAAUAAGCAUCUUGUAAUUCAGAUUUCUAUGCUUAAAAUCACUUAAAUGGAUAAAGGAAUUAAUGUAAUUAACUUAGAUAGAUGGACUGAAUACAGGGCAAGCCAAAAUUUUAAUGAAGUUUAUAAAAAAAUUGCUUAAAACUACUACGAUAUAAUUAGUACUCACUAGAAUAAUUGGAAUCGUGCUCAUGAAAAUCAAAGAUUUUAUGAUGAAUCAAAAAAAGAUUACUAUUUUAGUAAAAUAUUUAACCAGUAAUUAACACAGUAUAAUAGUCACACAAAUAGUGGGUAAAAUUCUUCUAAUAGCAAUCCUCAAAAUAAUGAAGAAGAUAACACUAAUUUUUACUUUUACAUUUACUAAUUACUGAAGGAAAUAAUAAAAGAGGUGUUUAAUAAAUUGCAAAACAAUCUAUCAAAAUAUUUAGAUUUAGACAAUUCAAAGAUUACUCGCGAAGACAGCCUUGUUAUAAACUGUUUAAGCAGACUUGUUGAUUACCAUCAAUUGUUAAAAUUAAUUAUAUCAUAAAAAGAAGACUUCUCAUUGAUACUCAAGUCAAUAAAUAUAACUGAAUUUUUAAAAGAAAAGAUUAUAACAAUUGAGUUCUAUGAAGCCCUCAAAUAAAAAAUGUAUAUAUAUGAUUUAAUAACAAAAUGA